UCCAAUUAAGGGUUGAUUGCACUGCUGAUUGACUGAGCUGUAGAAACACAUUUACAGCCGCUGUGUAGCUUUCUCCAUCGAUCAGGCGUGCAAGGAGUCAAUAAAGAACAAAAAAACUUGCAGGACGGGUUGAAUAAUAUAUCGGAUGCUCUUCUCCUUUAAAAGUUUCCGCGAAACAGCAACGUGCUUACUUUGACCCAUUGCUUUGACGGGAUUGGCAUCACGGCAGCGGCCGCCUUCUCUUCCAUACGAUUGGCCGAGCCGUGGGAAUAUUCAAAUUCAGCCCUGAUUGAUUGGCCCGGAGCCGGUUUCAACAGUACAAGGGGACUCAUUUCCAUUCCGACAUCACUCUCUGUGGCGGACGCAGCCUACUCGGCUGCAGGGAUGAAACACAAGACGCUGCACCGAAAACACAAUCGGUAAAAAAAGAAGAAGAAAAAAAAAAAUCUUUGACUUUAAUACGUGUUGAAUAUGACGAGCAAGUACAGUUAAUGGAGCCAGCCUCAUCAAUGGAUAUUUCUCCAGGGCUUUCCAGUGCUCAUUGCGAAAUCAGUGGCGAGAUUGCAAAGGAAAUACGCCUUCCGACCAGGAGAACAACCUAUCAGCCGUGGCGAACCAAAGAUAAACAAGCCUUAUGAUAAGACAAAACUCUCAGGUUUACCCAGGCUGUGUGCAGCCCUAACGAACUAUCAUGCUGGCCUGUAUUCAGAGACGGCAGAACCUCUCAUCGCAGCGUCUAGCCUGCACACCCAAAAGCCUCGAUGUUCCACCACCGCCAUUACUGCUGCCAGUACUGCAGCCACGCACCCACAAAGAUUACAGCCUUGUUCCUUCACUUGCUAUGAUUCCCACUGACUUGCAGCAUGAUCUAGGGGAGCCAGCCUCCAUGAUUUCUCGGUACCCUUCUCCCGCAGAGUUGGAUGCUUUUGCCCAGAAGACUGCCAACAGCCCUCUGUCCAUCAAAAUCUUUCCAUCUGACGUCCGGGUACCACAGCACAAACAGCUUAACAAAACAGUCAACGGCUUAGACACCACAGGCCAACGCUAUAGCCCCUAUUCACACCCGUACUCAGGAGGCUACCAGGGCUUGUUGGCCAUCGUCAAGGCCUCUGUAGUGGUCAAAGGAGUGGUGAAAAACCAUGAGGGCAGAAGGACUAAACACGCAAACACCCAGACUUCUGUGGCACCCUAUAAUAAUCCUCUGAAUAAUGGCUACACAGCCAGACAUGGGCAUAAGGUCUAUCAUAUAAGCUCAUGUAAGCCUCCUGAUGUACCCAUUGAGACACUUUGUUCUAGCGCUGGGAUGGCCUCUGGAGAUCAGAGCCUGGCCCCCCAGUCUGAGCUGGCAGAGGUUCAAAGCCUCAUGAGAGAGAUGAGCAGAGUUCCCCACAGCCAGGCCCUGCAGCUGGGGGGGGAGGCGCGAGCCAGCCCCUCGCUGCAGGCUGUGGCUGCAGUGGCACAUUCAGACUCCGACUUUGUCCUGGGAGUGCCACCACAGAGCAGUCUGGCAUUCACGGGGGCAGUUCUACCUACGCAGAGUGCAGAUGUAGCCAAAGCUGGGUACUUGGAGAAAGGAGACUACAGAGUGUGGCAGCACAAACAUCAAAUUCAGCCACAGCCCUAUCAGCAGGGAGCAGUGAGGAUGUACAGUGGUGCUCCGGGGCACAGAGCAGCUGAUACCGGGGUUGGCCAGUCUCCCGAAACUGGCCUCCCUUUGGCAUGCCCCUCACAGCUUUCAUAUAGGCUGCAUCCCCCCAGUGUGGGCGCGGGGCAGGAGCGAGACAGCGGCUCCUCUCUGAACUGUGCCGCCAUGCAGGGGGAGUUCUCUGUUGGACAGUACUUCGCUCCUCUCUGGGACGGCGUCGUGGCCACCCCGAAUAGCGACUGUUAUACUUCUCAGGUGCUGGCAACGGGUACAUGUGCAGCCAGGCCUAGAGACCUGGGACUCUCCCAUCCCCAUCCCCAUCUCCACGCAAACCGCCAUCAUCAACACCACCACCAUCACCCACAGCGUCACCAGCCACAGCUCCACCCUCAUCCUCUUCCUCAUGCCCAGGCCUAUAACGCAUGCGGGCUCCCUAGUUCUAGCCUGUGCCACGCUGCAGUACUGAGCAGCAGCCUGCAGUCUCUGGAGUGCCUCAUCAGUGAGAUCCACCCCCGCUGCAUCAAAGAGCACAUGCUGGGCCGUGGGUACGAAGCCAUGGGGAUGCCUCAGCUACUGGAGCACCACCAGCAAACCCACAUUCAGCUCCCCGUCUACAGAUAAGACACGGUGCUGCCACGCAACAGGAGACAGCAGUGACAAACCUUUUUAUAGACAAUGUGUCAGUUUAGACAUCUAUGAGAAUGAGACAUGCCUUUUUAGUUUGUGCAUGUACUGUAUUUGUAGAAGGCUUAGUGUUAUAAGCCUGAAAAGGUAAAUGAUAAUCAUGACUUAAGAUACAGGUUUAUCUUAUGGACUUUUCAUGUUUUAUUUUUAUAUCUUACACGGCCAUCAAAUAUGCCUGCUAUUCAUUUAAUACUGAUGCUGAGCACCUAAUCAUAAUUUGCCGUUACAUUUCAACUGUAUAUUUUGGCAGAGGGUGACUCCUCUUUACAAAUUGGAAACUUGCUUCAUUGAAAUAAUCAUCGGCACCCUUCUAAAAACAAUUACUUGAAUCUGGGACAGUUUUUGUGAAUAUACAGUGUAGGAUAUUUUUACAUACAAUUGCCAGAGGGAACAUUCCUUCAAUAAUACCUGAACUUUUGGCUGCUGCUUUAUUUUUUGAUUUCAUUUUGCUCACUUUUCAGCAGCUCUUGUGUUAACAGACAUAUGCAGUUCCCCCCCUUCUGCAAUAUGAUGCAAACCUGGCCACCGAAAGGGGAAAUAUUUUGAUAAUUUGCAUACAAAUGUGAAUAAAUUUUUUGUUAUGCAGUCAUACCCAAGGUUGCGUUAUUUAACAUCUUAAUUGAUUUUAAGGUAGUCAUGCUCAGCACAGUGUAUUAGGACUGUUGCAUAAAUCAACACUGUGGCAUUCAGGCCAAGCAAGAUGUGCCCUUUGGUUGUAUUUUUGGUUACAUUUAUAAUUUUAAGAGGUUGUGUGGACAUUUUUUCCAUCAAUUAUCUCUGAUGGUGUGAGAUGUAUGACUGAGUAGUUCUUUGUGUGUCUGCGCUGGUUCUGUAAUACUAUUUAUUUAUAUCGGCCUGUUGAGUUAUUAUGGCAAACUGUCUCUAUAAUUAUAAAGUGCAAUUAUUAUAUAUGAACAUGUGAGCGCUCUCCAUGAAGUAUGUUGUUGAAAUAACUACAUUUGCAAUGUAUGACCCCAAUCCCCCUCACCCUUUUUGCCUCUUCUUAAUAAGGAUUGUCAAGUAAAUGAAAUUUUCUAGACCCAGCAAAUAAGUUUGUCAUUACAUAUUAUUAUUUAUCUGCCAGACAUGCAGCCUGACAGUUAUAUUAUAUCCAUGAAUGAUAAACUAGCUGUGGAAAGAUGAGAUAUUUUUUCUGGUUUUAUUGCAAAGGGAUUGAAGGUUUAACUGCCAGGAAGGUCUUUUUUCAGUCAUAGAUCUCAUUUGAUUAACAUCCAAAUUUUCACUUGAGGAUCUCCGGUUUAUAAUAUAAUAGUAAGUCAGUCCUUAGCUGAAAUAUUUCCUCUAUAAAUGAUGCAAGUUGGAAGGGAUAAUUUUGUUCCCAUUGUGAAUUAUGUGAGCCUAGAUGGAUGGCAGACGCUUGAGGCAGAAGUGAUUGAAUCCGUCAAUACACACAUGUAGAUGAAAAUGUACAAGUCUUAUCUAAUAUCUCAUGAUAUUACAUUUCUCUAUAAAAGAUAGAUGCUUUCUUGAAGAUAAAGCCACAAGAAUAUUACUGUUUGCAUUAUUAAGACAUGGGUUUGCCAUCACCCAGCUACUGAAUGGUUAAUCUUAGAUGGUGUGCCUGCCUGCACCCCUUAUUUUGCUUCAUUUGUCCUCCUAAAUUGGAUGCUAUAGCAGUAAUG